AUGGCCGACCGACGCCUCCUGGUCUCGGACUCCCAGAGCCCCACCUUGCUAUAUAUUGCAGGAUGGUACUUCUUCUCCAUGCUGAUUCUGGUCUAUAACAAGUGGAUGUUUGGCAGCGGGCUUGAUUUCAAGUUCCCUCUUUUCGUCACGGCCUUCCACCAGCUGUGUCUAUUUUGCUUGUCUGCUUUGGUGCUUUAUUUCCGUCCCAUGCUUCGUCCAACCGUCAACGCCAGCACACAAGGCUUCUGGAACACUUUGGCCAUAUCGCCAGGUCACUAUGCCCGCCAGAUUCUCCCCUGCGGUUUUGCCUCAGCAGGCGACAUUGGGUUGAGUAACUUGUCCAUCAGCUUCAUCUCCUUGUCGCUAUAUACGAUGCUCAAGACAUCGAGUCUUAUAUUCGUUUUGAUCUUUGGUCUAAUAUUUCGGUUGGAGCGCUUCAAUUGGCGCUUGAUCAUUAUUGUUGUCGUGAUGACAGGGUCUGUCAUGAUGAUGACCCAAAAGCCGGAUUCUGCAGAGUCUGACGCCUUGGACGAUGAUCAUGACCCAGUGGGCAUUGUGCUUGUGAUGGCAGCCUCUGCCAUUUCUGGCUUGCGUUGGUCUUUCACGCAAUUGCUACUCAAGAAGAACGACUACACGAAACACCCUAUUCUGACAAUCUUUUACAUUUCACCGUCGAUGAUUGUGAUUCUAUUUAUUGCCGCCAUUUUUGUGGAGCGCUGGUCCUCAUUUGUGUCUCUGCCAAUCUGGGCCAUUCACGGUGUUCUUGGAGUACUUGGGUUGAUGGUGGUUCCUGGCUUCUUGGCGUUCAUGAUGACGCUAUGUGAGUUCAAGCUCUUGUCUGUCGCCCAGGUGCUCACCUUGUCUAUUGCAGGUAUCUUCAAGGAGCUACUCACAAUCAUGCUUGGCCUGAUUCUAUUUGGAGACCGGUUAAGCGCAAUCAACUGCGUUGGUUUGGUGAUAACAUUUUUCGAUAUACUAUGGUACAAUUAUUAUAGAUACCAAGAGACAGAGGCUUCGGCCAAAGAGAACGGGAACGGGUACACGUCCAUUCCAGCCUCAACCCCCGAGGAGCUUGGUCUUCAGUCCGGCAGCGAAGCGAUUGAGCUCAAGCAGCAUUGA